AUGACGAAAUCCUCGGAGCAGCCGAGGCAUCAGCCUUUAAUGUUUUAUGCUGUGGCAUUGUGCCUCUUAGCCACAAGUGUUCUUGCCAAUGACCCUUACACUUAUUCUUCACCUCCACCACCUCAACAUGCGCAACAUUACUACAAUUACCCCCCACCAAAGCACUCUGUUCACCCACCAUACAGUUACAAGUCACCCCCACCACCAAAGUAUGUGAAAUCCCCACCAUACCACUACAAGUCACCACCACCUCCACACUAUCACCAUAAGUCUCCACCUCCAUACCACUACAAGUCACCACCUCCACCAUCCCCUUCACCUCCUCCUCCUUAUGUCUACAAGUCUCCACCACCUCCGUCACCAUCACCUCCUCCUCCAUACGUCUAUAAAUCUCCACCACCACCAUCUCCAUCCCCACCUCCUCCUUAUGUGUACAAAUCUCCACCACCACCAUCUCCAUCACCGCCACCUCCAUAUGUGUACAAAUCUCCACCUCCACCAUCCCCAUCACCUCCUCCUCCUUAUGUUUACAAGUCUCCACCACCACCAUCCCCGUCACCACCGCCACCUUACGUAUACAAAUCCCCACCACCCCCAUCUCCAUCACCUCCUCCUCCAUAUGUUUAUAAAUCCCCCCCACCACCAUCUCCAUCCCCUCCACCUCCAUAUGUUUACAAAUCUCCACCACCACCUUCUCCCUCACCACCUCCACCAUACAUCUACAAGUCCCCACCUCCUCCUUCUCCAUCACCACCUCCUCCUUAUGUCUACAAAUCGCCACCACCUCCAUCACCUUCACCUCCUCCUCCUUAUGUCUACAAGUCACCACCACCUCCAUCACCUUCACCUCCUCCUCCCUAUGUCUACAAGUCCCCACCACCUCCAUCUCCAUCACCUCCUCCUCCCUACAUUUAUAAAUCACCACCACCUCCAUCACCUUCACCUCCUCCUCCUUACGUCUACAAGUCACCACCACCUCCAUCACCUUCACCUCCUCCUCCUUAUGUCUACAAGUCACCACCACCUCCAUCACCUUCACCUCCUCCUCCUUACGUCUACAAGUCCCCACCACCUCCAUCACCUUCACCUCCUCCUCCCUAUGUCUACAAGUCCCCACCACCUCCAUCUCCAUCACCACCUCCACCUUACAUCUAUAAAUCACCACCACCUCCAUCACCUUCACCUCCUCCUCCUUAUGUUUACAAGUCCCCACCACCUCCAUCUCCAUCACCACCUCCACCUUACAUCUAUAAAUCACCACCACCUCCAUCACCUUCACCUCCUCCUCCUUAUGUUUACAAGUCCCCACCUCCUCCUUCACCUUCACCUCCUCCUCCUUAUGUCUACAAGUCACCACCUCCACCAUCACCUUCCCCUCCACCUCCUUACCACUACAAAUCACCUCCACCACCAUCAAAGUCUCCACCACCUCCAUACCAUUAUAAAUCUCCACCUCCACCUUCACCAUCACCACCACCUCCUUACCACUACAAGUCUCCACCACCACCAUCCCCAUCACCUCCCCCUCCAUACAUCUACAGCUCACCUCCUCCUCCAUUGAAGUCUCCACCACCUCCUGCAUAUUACUACAGGUCACCUCCACCUCCACAGCACAACUAA